AUGUCUUUGGCUCUGGGCGGCCUUCCAAGCGUGCUGCCGGCAGACAAGCUGGCGGAACUCAAGGAGACAGCGGGGAAGCUCUGCGCGCCAGGCAAAGGUUUCCUGGCCGCUGAUGAAAGCGCCGGUCCAUGGCUCAGGGCACGACACGUAGAAGCGGCAAAGAUCCCAGAUGUGGCCGAGAACAGAGCAGAGUAUCGGUCUAUGUGCUUCGCAACUCCGGGCUUGAGCGAGCACAUCGGCGGAGUGAUCCUCCACUGGGAGACGCUGUUUCAAAGAGAUGCACAGGGCAAAGCCAUAGUGGACAUCAUCAAGGACAAUGGCAUGAUUCCUGGCAUCAAGGUGGACAAGGGCUACAACAAGAAGCUUGGAUUU